CAAAGAAAAACAUUCGACAUUACAGAAAAGAAAAAACUAUAAGAAAAUCUUAAUUAAUAAAAUAAUAUAUUCAGGAGGGCGAGAGAGAGAGAGAGGGAUGAUGAAGGAAGAACAAUGGGCACCAGUGAUAGUAAUGUUAAUAUCAAGUGUUGCAAUGGGAUCAGUGAACGCUCUCGUUAAGAAAGCACUUGAUGUUGGUGUUAACCAUAUGAUCUUUGGUGCUUAUAGAAUGGCUAUUUCUGCUCUAAUCUUGGUUCCGUUUUCUUAUAUUUGGGAGAGGAAAACAAGGCCACAACUAACGUUCAUGCUUUUGUGCGAACAUUUCAUCAGCGGAUUACUUGGGGCAAGUUUGAUGCAAUUUUUCUUUUUACUUGGGCUUUCGUACACGUCAGCAACUGUUUCGAUGGCUCUAGUUAGCAUGUUACCUGCUAUCACCUUUGCGUUAGCCCUUAUUUUCCGGUAAUGCAACUAAUUUAAUUAGUAACAUAUAUAUAUACAUCAAAAUUUUCUCGUUUUUUUUAUAAAUACUUUUGCAGGAUAGAGAAUGCGCAAAACCUAAAGAGCAAAGCAGGCGUGCUCAAAGUAAUGGGAACCCUAAUUUGCAUAAUGGGAGCAAUGUUGUUGACAUUUUACAAAGGCCCAGAGUUAUCAAACCCUCAUUCUCAUCCACAAGCUCGUCACAACAACAACAAUAACAAUGGUCACGACCAAACAAAGAAAUGGCUUCUAGGCUGUCUUUAUUUAGUCAUUGGGACAGUGUUGUUGUCUCUAUGGAUGUUGUUUCAAGGGAAAUUAAGCUUUAAGUAUCCUGGAAAUAAAUACUCAAGCACUUGUCUCAUGUCAGUCUUCGCAUCAUUUCAAUGUGCUAUUUUGAGUCUUUAUAAAAGUAGAGACGUCAAAGAUUGGAUCAUUGAAGAUAAAUUCGUCAUUUUGGUCACCCUUUACGCUGGAAUAGUGGGACAAGCGAUGUCGACAGUGGUAACGUCAUGGUCCAUAAAAAUGACAGGAGCAGUUUUCGUCUCAACAUUCAGCCCCGUCAGCCUCGUCGCCGCUACGUUAUUCGAUUUCCUCAUCUUACACUCUCCUUUAUACCUUGGCAGCAUACUUGGAUCAGUAGUGACUAUAACUGGCCUCUACGUUUUUCUUUGGGGAAGGAAGAAUGAGACAGAUCAGUCUGUUUCGAAGACUUUGAACAGUUCCCAGUUUUCUCAGAAUAAGGAUAACGAAGACCAUACAAUAGCAAAUCAUAAGGAUACUAAUUUGCCCGUUUGAUAUAUAUAUAUAUCAUAUUUAUAGAGGUAGCUAGAUAUUUGCUAUCAUAAUCGUGAUAGUACUGUCAUUGAUCAGCUCUAUAUUAUAAGACUUAUGUUCUUCUGUAUUGCCAACUAUAGCUCACUGUAUGUUUGUAACCAGUUGGAUUGGUUUAAUUGGAAAUAAAAGUAGUUGGAGAUGUAACACACAUAACGCUAAAAUUUACCAACUGUUUUGGUAAUUUAAAUUGAAAAAUAAAAUUUGUUAUGUGUUUUAAUAGCUAAAAAAUAUGUUUUAAAUU